UUUAAUUUCUUUGUUUAACGUUCACUUUCUGAUUAAAAUAUAAUCAUCAGAGAAAAUAGUUACCUAAUGACGCACACUCCUUUUAUCUGUGAUAUAUUUCCGUGGAAUACCAUAUACAUCCUUUAAAGUGGUCAGCCACAUUUCGCUUUGUUUAAAACUAAAUUAAUAUUUAAAACAAUGACCAACUGGACGAUACUUUUUUUUUGUGUUCAACUUUUUCCAUUUAUAUUUUGCGAAUAUAAGGAUUCAGAAAUCCUUUGUGCAUCUCAACAAUCUUGCAAAAAUUGCUUGCAAAUCCCGCGAUGCGUUUGGUGUUCUACUCCGGUCUCUAAUCAAAGCGUGAACAAUCCACUGAUUCGCUGUAUCACCAGAGAAAAAUUUUCAAACGAAGGUGAUCAUUGGUGUCGAACGUCGGACGUGAUAAUUGAGGCGAAUAAGAUGUUGAUUCUCGAAAAUCGUCCACUUUCCUUAACGAAAGGCAGGGAUCCUGUUCAAAUUCAACCUCAAAAAAUUAAUUUGAAACUCAGGCGAGGCGAGGAAUAUCGAUUGACUUUAAAAUACAGUCAAGCAGAGGAUUAUCCGGUUGAUUUGUAUUAUCUGAUGGAUUUAUCAAAGUCCAUGGAAGAUUACAGGGAUCAAUUAUCAGAAUUGGGAUUUCAACUGGCCGAAGCUAUGCGAAACUUGACUUCAAAUUUUCGCCUAGGAUUUGGCAGUUUCGUGGAUAAAGUUGUACUACCUAUGACUAGUACGCAACCGGACAAAUUGAAAUCACCGUGUAACUUGGAUAAAACUAAGAAACCAUGCGCACCACCAUACGGAUACAAGAAUCAGAUGCCUCUUACCGAAAACAUUGCUCUUUUCAAAACGCGCGUACAAGAAGCUCCGGUGUCUGGCAACUUGGAUUCACCCGAGGGUGGGCUCGACGCGAUGAUGCAAGCGAUGGUUUGCACCAAGGAAAUUGGCUGGCGGCAGAAUGCUCGGCAUUUUAUCGUUUUCUCAACAGACGCUAAUUUUCACAUCGCUGGAGACGGUAGACUUGCGGGAAUCAUCGAACCCAAUGAUUGUCUCUGCCAUUUGGACUCGGAAGGGUUCUACACGUACUCGCUUCUUCAAGAUUAUCCAUCUAUAUCUCAGAUCAACAAAAUGGCUCGCGAGAACAACAUGAACAUCAUAUUUGCUGUUACGAGCAAUCGAAACGAGACGUAUCAAUUAUUGAGCAGAAGUAUCAGAGGCUCUUCUAUCGGAACGAUAGAAAGGAAUUCUAAAAACGUAGUUGCUCUUGUCAGCGGAGAAUACGAGAAGCUGGUCAACACCAUAAUAAUGACGGACGAUGCGCCAAAAAUGAUCGAUGUGAAAUAUUUCUCACGAUGUUUGGAUAAAAAUGGUGAAUUAAAAGAACGGCAAGAAUGCGGAGGUUUACGAGCGGGGAAUAUCGUGGAAUUUGAAGUAACGUUACAGGCGAUCGAAUGUCCAAGGGAUUCCGACGAAUGGCAGACGAGUAUGCAUAUUAAACCCAGGGGUAUAAACGAAAGUCUGACGAUCGAUCUGAGCGUUGCAUGCGAUUGUCCUUGCGAACGGCCAGGGCAUCCGGGAUACACGCCAGCUUCGGAAAAUUGCAGAGGAAACGGUACUCUGGUUUGCGGUGUAUGUUCCUGCGAUGAUGGGUUUUAUGGGAAGCAGUGCGAAUGCGAGGGAAACGAUGCCAGGGCCGAGAGCGCAGCUGCCAUGGCUGAUUGCAAGCCUAACAACGAGACCAUUGAAAUUUGUAGCGAUCAUGGUGUUUGCAAGUGCGGUGUAUGCGAGUGCACGAAGCGUCCCAAUCCGCAAGAAGUUUUCUACGGGAAAUAUUGCGAAUGCGAUAAUUUCUCUUGCAAGCGCAAAGAGGGAUUAGUUUGCGGCGGGCGGGGGAAGUGUGAAUGCGGUACUUGCAAUUGCUUGCCGGGAUGGGGUGGCGAGAUGUGCGAUUGCAAAGAAACGAAUAGCACAUGCAUCUCGAGCAACGGCGAAACUGUGCAGAUUUGUAGCGGACGUGGUGACUGCAUUUGCGGUAGCUGUUACUGCCACGAGAAAGACAAUGUUCGAUAUUCCGGCCAGUAUUGCGAAGAAUGUCCCGUAUGCCCUGAUCAACGAUGCGAGCAAUUGAAGAAUUGCGUCGAAUGUGUGGUGCACAAGUCCGGUCCUCUUGCUAGAAGUGAAAAAUGUGACGAAUUGUGCAUGCAUCAAAUAGAUAUUGUAGAUAAGAUCGUAGAAGAUCCAAAAAAAGAUCAAGAAAGCGGAGCUCGUAUUUGUCGAACUGCUGGGGAUGCCGGAUGCAUAUUUGUGUUUAAAUACGAAUAUCACAGAGACGGUACUGGGGGAGAUAUUAAGAUAUUCAAGAUCCUAGCUGAGAGAGAGAAGUCAUGUCCUGUACCUAUCAACGCUCUUGGUGUUGCUGUGGGAUUAAUAAUUAGUACUGUAAUUAUUGGUUUUUUGAUUCUUCUUGCUUGGAAGAUAUUGACAAUGAUUCGCGAUAAUCGCGAAUUCAAAAAAUUCGAGCGUGAACAACGUAUGGUUAGAUGGACUAGGAGGGAUAAUCCGCUUUAUAAGGAAGCUACAUCUACAUUCAACAAUCCGACAUUCAACACGAAUAGGAUUAGAUAAAAUUAUUUUCAUAAAACGAAUGUUGGCGCGCGAAAUAUUUCCAUGGAAAGAAUCUUAUUUUAUUAAAUGGUAGACGCUCCGACAGGUAGCGCCACCAUAUUCAAAUCGAGAGUGACGACGCCAUGUUGGUUAAUUGCUUUGUGAGAAGACGGUUUCUAGUCGAAGUGAUAAAACAUUUAUUCUUUUCCUUUCGAUCUUCUGGAAAACAA